CGUUCAAUGUCUUGUUAGGUGAGGAGUGAAAUAACAGCGUUCCGUAUAUUUCAGCGGCUGUGCGAUAGCGUCUGCCUAUCUUGUGUUUAGCAGAUAAGGAGGCUCAAUUGAUCAGUGAGCCACUCUAUCAUCAACGCGGACUACAAUCAUAUGUUACGUGUUACGCAAUGACAGCGACUAAAGGGACUUCCUGCAGCUAAAAACCAGCUAGCCCGGCUAGCCCGCUUUGACGUGCUAGUAGUAAGUCAAACUAGUUCCGCUCGGCACAGAGCGAAGAAGUUUUAGAGUCCGAACCGAAGUUUUUUCACGUCCAACAUUUGUGUGUGACUGGGUGUCCCGGUUCUGUUCUGGAACAUGGCUCUGGUGUCGGCUUUAAAACGACUAGCUUUUAACAAUUUGCGGGCGUAUUCGCGGAGGACGGCGGCGGUGUCCGGACUCACCGUGCACAGGAGUUUGACCACCGUACAACCUCUCAGGUCAGAGAACAAAGUGACGGUCCACUUCAUAAACCGUGACGGCGAGAAGAUCUCAGUGAAGGCCUCGCCUGGAGACUCUCUGCUCGACGUCGUCAUCAACGAAGACCUGGACUUUGAUGGUUUCGGGGCGUGCGAGGGAACGCUGGCGUGCUCCACGUGUCACCUGAUCUUUGACGAGGAGGUGUACAAGAAGCUCGGGCCGGUCACGGACGAGGAGAUGGACAUGCUGGAUUUAGCGUACGGCCUGACUGACACAUCUCGCUUAGGUUGCCAGAUUUGCUUGACGAAAUCCCUCGACGGCGUUGUCGCCCGGGUUCCCGAGAGCGUGGCCGACAUCCGGCAGACCAAAGACGGCUCGUCUUAACAGCCGAAAGCGUGGAUGUAGGCAGUUUUAGAGCCAGGAAAGAGGGGUGUGCGCCAUGGUAGGUUCUGUCGCAAAAUACCGUCCUCAUUUUAAAAUUAGAGGCAAAGUAUUUUUAAAAAAUUCAAACUGUAGCCAUUAUGUAUGUAAGCUGCUGUCCAGCUAAAAUGAACUAAUAUAGAACUAAAUCUGAUUUAUUAAAAAAACAAAGACCCGAUUUUGCUGCACCUUUUUCCACUGUUUUAACAGUUUCUGGCUAAAUUUGCACCAAAUAAACGUUUCACGUCGGAUCUCUUGUUGACUGAAAUGUUCCGCCACACGUCUGGCGCCCCGAAACGACAGCCGUACCCCCAAUCUUCUGUGUGUGUUUGUGUUUUUUUGUUUUUUGACACAUCUGUAUGAUCACACAUUUCUGCCAUGAUUGUACAUAGCUGGAGCACAUCUGUAAAAACAUAAUAAAUAAA